AUGGCCGGCCAGGGAGUCACCGCGUAUCUCAUCAUCCUCAUCGCCAUUUCGACUCUUGGGUCACUCCAGUUUGGCUUCCACUUGGCCGAACUCAACGCUCCCCAAGAUGUCAUCACCUGCCACCGAAAGUCCAUCUCGGCCGUAGCUCGAGCUCUCGCGAGGAGCUUCGUCACGUCCGUCCAUGAAGAUGCCAUCGACGACUGCAUCCCCAUGGACGAGGCCGCCUUCGCCACCGUCUCCUCCGUCUUCACUGUUGGAGGGCUCAUUGGUGCUCUGGCUGCCGGUCCAUUCUCCUCUCGCCGCGGACGCCUCCUCGCGAUGCGCAUGACGGCGCUUCUCUUCAUCGUCGGAUCGGUCAUCGAGACCAUCGCCAGCAGCGUCUUUGUCAUGGCAUCGGGUCGGUUCUUGUCUGGUAUUGGAGCUGGCGCAUCGACAGUCAUCGUGCCUCUGUACAUUAGCGAAGUAUGCCCGCCCGACCGGAGAGGCUUCUUUGGCUUCAUGACGCAGAUCUCCAUCAACAUUGGCAUUCUCAUUACACAAACGCUGGGCUUCUUCCUGAGCUACGGGAGCGCCUGGAGAUGGAACCUGGGUAUUGGAGCUUUCAUCGCAGCUGCGCAGGGUGUUGGAUUGUUAAUCGUCCCCGAGAGUCCGGCAUGGCUCGCUGCGCACGAUGACGUCGCCGGCGCAAAGAAGACUCUCCAGCGGAUCCGCGGUGUGGCCGUCGACAUCAGAGAAGAGAGCGAAGUCUGGGGCCGUGACGGAUCCGCCUCCGGAGAAGAAGAAGGUCUCCUUGCUCAGAAUGCAGACGAGGUCCCCCCUCCCAAUGCCACCUCGGCCAAGAACGAGCCCGUUCACCUCGGGUUCCUGCAGGUUGCCAAGGAUCCCAGCACUCGGCCUGUCAUCAUUGCUCUAGUUGGCAUCAUGUUCGUGCAGCAGUUCUGCGGCAUCAACUCCGUCAUCAUGUACUCCGUCUCCCUCCUUGCUGAUCUUCUCCCCAUUUCAUCCGCUCUCCUGAGCAUCUUGGUCUCGCUGGUCAACUUGGUGACAACCAUUGCAUGUUCCCCCCUGCCAGAUCGACUGGGACGAAAGACAUGCCUCAUAACGUCCAUCGUUGGCCAAGGCAGCAGUGCCCUUGUUCUAGCGCUCUCCAUUGUGUUUGGCUUCAAGAUUCUGUCAGCUCUUGCCGUCAUCGUUUUCGUUGGUUUUUUCGCCGUGGGCCUGGGACCUGUGCCCUUCAUUCUGGCAUCAGAGCUCGUUGGCCAGGAGGCUGUAGGUGCAACUCAGAGCUGGUGCCUCGGAGCCAACUACGUUGCGACCUUCUUGGUGGCCCAAUUCUUCCCCAUCGUUAACAAGGCUCUCAAUACGUGGCUGGGUGGGCAUGGUUGGGUGUACUUCAUCUUUGCUGGCCUGGCUGCUGUUUCCUUUGUGUUUGUGACUUGGUCCUUUAGAUCCCUACGCUUCCAUGGGGCUACCGGUAACUAA